AUGUCCCGGCCCGAUGCACUGGAACAGGAGCUGUACGAGACGGUGGCAGACAAGCAGGCAUUUCAAGUAAAGCUUCGACAGCUUCGGUCGGAGGUCCGCCUGGUGGAAGCCAGUUUAGAGGCGCUUCAGCAGAAAGAAAGCUGGCUGACACAUGAGCUGGCAAAGCGCACGAGAGUUCGGACAGAGCUCCCUUCUGUCGAUGAUUUCGUUCAAGGUCGUGCGCUCGAAAGCGCGAUUCCCAAGUUCUUCGAUCUGGAUCAGGAGCCAAAGGAGCCAGAAGAACUUCGGAGCGACGAGGGCGAGAGCGGCGAGAACGCUGGCGAGAGCCAAAGCCAGAAGGCCGAAAGUGACGACUGGGAGGAGAUGCUGGAGUCCCUCGGUGUGGCGAGAUGCGGCUAUUGCGGACUCCGCCUUCCACUCGAUAUCGCUGCAAUCGAGCAGCACUCGAAAUGCUGCCCUGGCACCGGGCCGAACAGUCCAAGCGGCCGAGGCACGCCGAGCCCAAUACAAAGCCCACCGAAAGAUGGGCUGACUGCACGGUGUAGCAACUGUGGUGAUUCCCUGUCAAUGGACAUGGUCGAGCAACAUGUCUGUCGUCGCAGUGAGUCAAGCUGCCACGACGAGGUUUUCGCGGCAUGUUUGCAAAACCCGCUUGAGUCGAGCUACGAUUCAGAGGGUUCGAGUGUGCUAAACAGCAACUACUUAUCACUGGGAACGUGA